AUGGCUCCAUCAGCAAUCACCCCUGCCAACGGGACCAGUGGCACCAAGGUUGCUCAACGCGCCUAUCAGAUCAACGAGCAGCCUUUCGGCACCAGAAAGAAGAUGCGCGUCAUCAUAAUUGGCGCUGGUGUUUCGGGUCUCAACUUCUUCAAAAUGAGCGAGACCAAGCUUUCCAAUAUUGAGGUCCAAUGUUACGAGAAGAAAAACGAUGUCGGCGGUACCUGGCUAGAGAACCGUUAUGCUGGCUGCGCUUGCGAUAUCCCCAGCGUCAACUACCAGUACUCUUGGAAGCCUACCAUAUGGUCCAAGUACUACUCUGAGUCCCCCGAGAUCUGGCAAUAUUUGAAGACCAUUGAGCAAGAGAACAACUUCAUCCAGAAAUACGUUAAGCUCAUGCACACCGUCAUCUCCGCCGAGUGGAAAGAUGAGGCGGGCCAGUGGACUAUCACUGUCACAAACAAUGUCACUGGAGACAUCUUUGUUGACCAUUGCAACGUCUUUCUGAACGGCGGUGGUGUUCUAAAGUUGAUGCACUCCGCCAACUGGGACCAGUCCUACGAUUUCACUGGUAAAAGGAUUGCUGUCAUUGGCGCUGGAAGCAGCGAUCAUCUCUACACUUGGGUCAGAAGUCCUACGUGGAUCACGGCCGGGUUUGCCCAGGACUUUGCUGCCGAAGAUGGCCGUAACUUUCCCUAUAGCGACGAACAAAAGGAAUAUCUCAGGAACAACCCUGAAGCGUACCUGGCAUACCGCAAGAUGAUCGAGAAGGAACUUAACCAACGUUUCAGCCUCAUCAUCAAGGGUACGGAUGAAGCUGAGAACGCCAGGUCAUAUUCCGAAGGUGAAAUGAAGAGGAGGAUGUCAAAGAAUCCCGAUCUUGCUGACAAAAUCAUCCCCAAGAACUUUGCUGUCGGGUGUCGUCGCCCAACUCCCGGAAACGGGUACCUCGAAGCUCUUGUCGGGGAUAAAACAACUUGCUUCACUGAAACGAUCAAAGCUGUUACACCAACAGGCUUCGUUGAUCACACUGGUACUGAGCACGCUGUUGACGCCAUCAUCUGUGCCACUGGCUUCGACACCUCCUGGAUCCCUCGCUUCCCUCUUGUAGUCAACAGUUCCGAUCUACGCGAGACGUGGACCAAGGAGGGCUUAUCGACGUAUCUGAGUGUCGCUGUGCCUGACGUUCCCAACUACUUCACCUUCUGCGGACCAUACGGUCCCCUCGGCCACGGAAGCUUCUUCCCCAUCAUCGGGAGGUACACGGACUACAUCAUCGCCACUAUCUCCAAGAUGCAGAUUGAGGGGAUCCAGUCGCUGAGGCCCAAGCGAAAGGUUGCACAGGAUUUUCUGAAUCAUGCGUCCGAGUUUCUUAAGCGAACCGCCUGGACUGAUCCAUGCUCGAGCUGGUUCAAGAAUGGACAGCCCGAGGGUACCCCGACCAUUUACCCGGGCAGCCGUGUCUCGUUCCUACGGUUAUUGAAAACGCCGAGAUACGAGGACUAUGACAUCGUCUAUGACCAGGAUAACACUUUUGCGUUCCUUGGAAACGGAUUCGCAAUUGAGGAGGUUGAUGGGAGUGAUAUGACGUACUACUUGGGCCAGUUGAAGGAAGUUGUUGAUUCCUCCGACCUGAAGGCGCGCUUAAGAGGGACUUCAGAGGGUGCUACAAUACUGUAG